CUUGGCUCUUCGUAUCCGCUUGGAUUGAGCGAGAGCACGACGCGAUUACUCGAUUUAGUGUCGCCUCCGGAGCAUUCCAUGGUGAACCAACCUCGUCUCGGAUCGAACCGUGUGUCGUUUGACAGCGACACCGGCGCGUAGAUUACCUGGUGCACUUUCGACGCGUUCUCCAGAGUCAACGACCCUUAUACCGGUGUCCCGAACGAAGCUCUGAAUCAGGACACAGCGGUGAUCAAUUGCGAUUCAACGUCGCUUGAACAGUCAAAUCGACGUUCGAAAAAAAUCGCGGGAUAACCGGAAUAAACGAAGACGAGGAAAGAAAGUGUUCGGAGAACAAAUUUAAAUUUUCGAGAGCUGAUUUGGAAGAAGAGCACGAGGAUAGUCACGCACAUUUAUGGCGUGACACGUCAGUGUGCCGAGAAUUGAGCCAGAGGGUGGUCGCCGAUGUUCGAUGAGUGCGAGUGGUGACAGAUGUGUCGGUUGUUGUCACGGAGUGUAACCUAUCGUCGAUUCUGCCUACGCGUUCUUACGAUACCGGCGUGUUGACGUGAUUAAGUGAAAACGUGAGAUAUAGGAUCGAAACGCGCAAGGAUGAACCGAGCCGUUAUAGUCUGCAAACUUCUGGCAGUCUUCUUCUGCUAUGAAGUCUGCAGCUACAAUUUAAUCCUAGAAGAGGAUAAGGAACCGACUUACCUUACCGCCGGGGUAGGAGAAUAUGCGGUAUUUAAUUGUGAUCUUGAUUUUCCACACGAGACGCCGAUUCCGUACGUGCUUCAAUGGAAUCGUCACAGCCGUACAGUAUUUUCCUGGUACGAUGGACACGUGACGGUGGAUAUCUCCUACAAGGGUCGCAUACACUUGUUGGACGAUAUCGGACAUCGUGGAUUUGGUCAGGGUAGCAUAAACCUCACGAAUAUUCGUGAAAGCGAUCAGGGUUGGUACGAGUGCAAGGUGAUCUUCCCCAAUAGAACACCGAAUUCUAGACACAAUGGCACGUGGUUCCAUCUCGCCAUCGAUGGUGCGUCGCCGUUCCCGACGACUGUUGCAGGCGAUACUUUACUAACGGUACCACCUGUCAAUAAGACUGCCAUGGAGGGCGAAAGUGUCGAUUUUGAAUGUGUCGCUAAAGGCAAAAAUACGACCGUAGCGUGGUUUCGUGAAGGAACACCGAUUCCGGAAAUACAAGAUCUCCAAAGAAGAACGUCUAUCGAUGCCAACGGAACGUUGAUUAUAACUUCAGCUGCCAUGGGUGACCUUGGGGAAUACACCUGCGUGGUGACCGGGGAAAAUGGCGACCAACAAAGCGCCUCGGCCUUUCUCAACGUACAAUAUAAGGCAAAAGUAAUUUACGCACCCCGGGAAGUCUAUCUUCCGUACGGCAAACCAGCCCUCUUAGACUGCCACUUUAGGGCGAACCCGCCUCUUACGAAUCUACGUUGGGAAAAGGAUGGAUUUCUCUUUGAUCCUUACAACGUGCAAGGAGUCUUCUACAGGAGAAACGGAUCUCUCUAUUUUAGUAAAGUGGAUGAGACGCACGCGGGAAGUUACAGUUGCACUCCUUAUAACGAAUUAGGUACCGAAGGGCCCAGUCCUUCGAUCACCGUAAUAGUUCAACGACCGCCGGUGUUCACAGUCACACCGCAACAUUUAUACAUGCGAAAGCUAGGCGAGAACUUGGAAAUUCCUUGCCAAGCCAGAGACGGCGAUGAUUCGCGUCGACCAACUAUCGUCUGGUACAAAGACGGAAUGCCUUUGUCGCCCGACAGAAGUAUCAUAACCGGUGGCAAUCUUACGAUAGAAAGGAUCCAAGAACACGAUCGAGGAUUGUAUCAAUGCGCAGCCAGCAACGAGGCAGCGACGGUCGUCGCUGAUGCUGAGUUAAUGGUAUUAAACGUCCCGCCUAGAGCGCCGUACAAUUUAAGCGCCAACAGCAGCAAAAAUGCCGUCACUUUGACUUGGAUACCUGGAUACGUCCGACCCAAGAUGGAGUAUUCAGUAUGGUACAGACCGACGGACACGUCAGAAUGGAGAACCAUGAAAAUUCUUUCGAGAAAAAUCACGGAGGCGACGGUCAACAAUCUUUAUCCGGGACGAGAAUACGAGUUUAUGGUGUUAAGUCAAGAUAAGCAUGGGGACGGAAUGUUCAGUAAAGCGCUUCGAGUAUUCACUCAGCCGAGUAAGCUUAUCAACUCUCACUCGAGUUCCAUCGAUGAGAACUCGGCAUCGGAAUAUCGCAGUCCGCAAGAAUAUGAAAGCAUGGGUGCGCCGGUUAACGUAAGGGUUCAAGCAACAGUCGAGGGUUACUUGGUUACGUGGGAACCACCUGAAUACGGCAAGAACCAAGUUAGGCUUUACACCGUGAGAUGGUUUAGAGGCCCGUCCGAACAUUUGUACGGAAGAGCAGAAACAACCGAUACUUAUUAUCUAGUGAAAACUUUGGAGGAGGAAAGCUUCUAUACUUUUGAAGUGGCAGCGAUGUCUCUUGUAGACGACGUAGCAACUAGUGAUCGAGUCGGCAUAGAGGUACCUGCUUAUCGUCGCAAUAGAGCGAUUUCCAUGGGAAUCGUCGCCGGUAUAGCUUUUCUGGCAGCAGCUCUAGGAGCUAUAUGGUGGGCGAGAAAACGGUUUUGUCAGCCGUCUAAUGAGAAAUAACCGAGCGAACUUGUGGAAAGCACAUGUGUGUACUCAAGCAAGAUAGUUGUUCGUGCGCAUAAUCGAUUACAAGUAUUCACGUCACUCGUGCGAAACAAAUCGUUAUAACAAGAAAGAACAGCACUACAUUUCUCGUUCGUGAAAUAACACAGAGAAAGAGCGCACGGUUCUAUCCAAUGCUAAUUUGUGCAUUUAUAAAAAAAAGAUAUAGGUUUUUGAAGCCUAGUUAAGGACAUGCAUAAAUAAUAAAAAGGAAUAGUAUCAAAUAUUAUUAUUGUGUAUGCAACCGAGUGUGAAGAACAGAAUUAAUAUAUUAGAGACAUGUAGAUUCUUGAGUAUCACCUGUGUAAGCGAUUUGAUUUUAUUUACCGACCUUUAAUCUAAGUUUCUUGAGUGUUCUUGUAUCGUUAAUUAUGUCAUACUUUGUGUAUCGUUUAACAGCUUUAUUAAGUAAUUGCACGUUAUAAAUGGCUAGACUUUAUGCAAGUUAUAAGUCAUUGACCGUCAAAUAUGAGACUGCGUGUCAAAAGAAAUCGUCAUUUGUAAUACAUUUUUUCUUUUUUUAUUGUACAUAAAUUAUGCCCAUUAACGAUAUGCACAAAUAUCUUCUUCAUUUCUUCUUACUACUUGUACUGAAUUUUAUCGACGCAGCAUUGUUACAUGUAUCUGUACAUUACAGCAAUUACAGUCAACAAUAAAGAAAAUUGAGAAAAUA